AUGAGAUCGAACUGAGUCCGCCAAUGAAGAUGGGUACUAGCUCAAGCCUGCUGCCGGUGGCGUCUGCGCUCCUCAUCCUCAUCUGCUUCACUGCCGGAAAUGCCGCCGCCGCUAGUGCUAGCGGUCUGAAGCUGAACUACUACGCUAAAAGCUGCCCGAGGGCAGAACAAAUCAUCAAGGAGCAGGUAAGGAGCCACUACGACGAGCACGGCAACACGGCGGUCUCGUGGCUCAGGGCGCUCUUCCACGACUGCACCGUGAAAUCCUGCGACGCGUCGCUCCUCCUCGAGAGCAACGCCGCCACAGGCCUCGUCUCCGAGCAGUCCUCCACGAGGAGCUUCGGCAUGCGGAACUUCAAGUACAUCGACGACAUCAAGUCGGCGCUCGAGACCGCGUGCCCUGCCACCGUCUCCUGCGCCGACCUGCUCGCCCUCGCCGCCAGGGACGGCGUCGCCAUGCUCGGCGGCCCCGCAGACAUCCCGAUGCGCACGGGGCGGAGGGACGCCACGGCGAGCUACUACGGCGAGGUGGAGCGGUACCUCCCCGUCCACAACGACACCGUGUCGGCGGUGCUGUCCCGGUUCGCGCCCAUGGGCGUGGACGCCGAGGGCGUGGUGGCGCUGCUCGGCGCGCACUCCGUCGGACGCGUCCACUGCUUCAACCUCGUCGCGAGGCUCUACCCGGCGGUGGACGGCACCAUCGAGCCGGCCUACGGCGCGUACCUCCGUGAGCGGUGCCCGACGGCGGACGCCGUUGAGGACACCCGCGACGUGGCCUACGCGCGGAACGACAGGGGCACGCCCAUGGUGAUCGACAACAUGUACCACAAGAACCUUCUCAAAGGGAGGGGCCUCCUGCUGGUGGACCAGAGGCUCGCCACUGACCCGCGCACCGCGCCGUUCGUCAAGAAGAUGGCGACGGACAACUCCUACUUCCACGACAAGUUCGCAGCGGCGCUGGUUAAGAUGUCCGAGAACGGCCCGCUCACCGGCGACAAGGGGGAGGUCAGGAAGGACUGCAAGUUCGUCAACUCUUAGUGAGUUCGUGGAUUGGAUUUUGGGUAUGUGUGUGACUGUAAUCGUAUACUCUACGUAAUACGUCCAUGUGUAAUGCUGCCCUGGGCAAUAAUUUGGAAGAAAUGAAAUGAUUAUUCGUGUA